AUGCCUCCACGUAAACUCAAAGACGACGAGCGUCGUCGAUGCGCAAAUGCUUGCUUUACAUGCAAGCGUCGCAAAGAACGCUGUGAUGGACGCCAACCGUGUGGUCGCUGCGUUGCACGUCGCGUCGAGAAUGAGUGCAGCUUUGUCCCUUCAUCAUUACCGACCCGUAAUACGCGAAACCCACGUUUGGGCCGCACCAGUCCCAUCACGAGUGUGCUCAGCCGGGAUGACUCAGGGGGAUCGGAUUCGCCGAGUGCUUCUUCUUCUAUCCAGGUAUCGGAUCACGGGCCGCCUUCACUUAUGAGCAAUCUCGGUCAUGAUUUGGAUAAAGACCAUUCAGCCGCUUUCGAUGGUAGUCCGCAGCUAUCUCGACUCGUGGAAGACGGUCACGGAAAGUUUGUCUUUAUCGGCGAUGCAGCAAACCUAUCCUUUCUCCAAAUCAUCCGCCGGCUAGUCCGCGACUCAGUCGGCCCUUGUGCCUUUACCGAAAAUGCUCUGCAAAAUCUCAUGAUUGAGGCGAAGCCUCUGAGCGCGUCUGACUGGAUCGCCGAGAUCAUGGGAAAUAGACCGACGAGGCCCGACGUCGAACACGCGCAUUAUCUUCUCUCCUGGCAUCUACGAUCAACUAGUUGUGUACUCAACCUGUUUGAAGAAAAUGAAAUUCGCCAAUCCCUCAGAUCUUGGUAUGAAACAGUGCCAGAUGAUCCAGAACAGAAAGUGUCGGCAGCUGUCUUCUUUCUUAUCCUUGCCAUCGGCGCUCAGACAUGUCCCGAAAACAGAGACACGGAAGCAGAGCAAUACUUCAAUUAUGGCCGUUUUCUAACUGUCUCUAAUAUCAUGGACGACAUUAGCAUCUCGGCCAUUCAGUCCAACAUUCUCAUCACUAUGUACUUACUGGGAGCUUCACGGCGUAACGCUGCGUUCAUGUACCUAGGCAGCGCUGUCCGUGCCGCCUAUGCCCUUGGUAUUCACCGACAUGACAUAAAUAAGCAUUUCAAGCGAUCUGGUUAUCUUAUGAGGGAACGACUUUGGAAAGUUCUCCGUAUUCUGGACCUGUUCAUGAGUGCGUCUCUUGGUCGCCCUCCGUCAACACAUGAAACCCGAGAUACAAGCUGCGACGAAAAUUAUUCUGCUUCCAACGAUCUUUGCGCCAUCUUCGAAGAUAUUCUCACAAAUAUUUACUCCCAACGCAAAAUGAUGACCAGCGACCUCGAGCGAAUCAGCGAGCAUCAUCGGCAGUGGGCGAAUAAGUUUGCCACGGGUCUAUCGACAGACAGCAUCAACCCGUCCAAGUUUCUCGAUACAGAUGAUGAUCAAGAAACACCCAAUAUCGGUCUCUGCCACCUUAAAGAAGCCUAUUACUGGACAAUUAUGCUUCUUGCUCGGCCAUCGUUGACACAAAGUACAGCCAAGCAUAUGUACAAAAACACCCAAGGCAUGAAUCUCCGCGAGGCGAAUGUUACGAAAGACCCAGAUCAAGUCCUAGCCCUUUCUUGUGUUGAUUCCGCUGUUCGAACAGUUGAUCUUUUACAAGUCAUGGGAGGCAAUAGGCAAAUACCAAAACGCCUUCCAUUUGUCGUCAACUCUUUGUUCGUUUCGGCUUUGGUACUUGGCAUGGCAUACUUUAGCGAUCUGGACUAUGUUUUUCCUCUGGAUAAAUCUUUAAUUGCUGUACAGUCCUUACUGGCUCGGUUCAGCAAACAUGAUCUUGUUGUAAACAAGACACUGCAGACUGUUAAUAGUCUUCAAAUUGCCUGCAACAUGUACGUGGAUAAGAGGGCGCGUCGGAAGAUGGAAAGGCAAAGUCUGCUUGUGCGGAACCUUUUUGGUACUGUCCAUGACAGGUCAAUACCGCAGUCCCCAACACCUCAUGAUAGAACAGCAGGUCUAGAAUCCGAGCAGUCUAUUGAGCUGAGCCAGAGUGUGCAGACACUUAAUAGUUGGACUCUUGCACCACCUAUUGGGGACUUGGAUGGUGAGAUCACGAGUAUCAUACCCCAUGAAGCAUUGGAGGCAUUUUCGCUACCUAUGCCGACCACAAUUGCAUUUGAUACGUUUGAUACAAACUUUCCUCUCUUCUCGACUAUUAAUCUGAGUCACCUUGAGGUUGAAGGUGCUACGGCGACUGAUAAUAUGGGAUUUGGAUUUUAA